GCAGCGGGCGCGGCGCAGGGGGCGGCAGGGAUCGGCGGGCACGGCGUGGGCGACCCCAGCUGCGGGCGCCGGGAGCCCCGGUUCCAGCCCGAGGGGAGGAAGCUGACUGGGGGCAAUUCUCCAUGAAUGUAUGUCACCAUGAUGAUGACGGACCAGAUCCCCCUGGAACUGCCACCCUUGCUCAACGGGGAGGUGGCCAUGAUGCCCCACUUGGUGAAUGGAGAAGCAGCUCAGCAGGACCUGCAGAAGUUCCCAUGAUGUCACCCAAUGGGUCCAUCCCUCCCAUCCAUGUGCCUCCAGGGUAUAUCUCACAGGUGAUUGAAGACAGUACCGGAGUCCGCCGGGUGGUGGUCACACCCCAGUCCCCCGAGUGUUACCCUCCAAGCUACCCCUCAGCCAUGUCUCCAACCCAUCACCUACCCCCUUACCUGGCUCACCACCCACACUUCAUUCAGAACUCACACACAGCUUACUACCCACCUGUCACGGUACCUGGAGACGUGCCGCCUCAGUUUUUCCCUCAGCAUCACCUUCCUCCUACAAUAUACGGUGAGCAAGAAAUCAUCCCACUCUACGGAAUGUCGAGCUACAUCACCCGAGAAGACCAGUACAGCAAGCCACCACCACACAAAAAGCUGAAAGACCGCCAGAUUGACCGCCAGAACCGCCUCAACAGCCCUCCUUCCUCCAUCUACAAGAGCAACUGUGCCACUGUGUACAAUGGCUACGGGAAAGGCCACAGCGGAGGGAGCGGUGGGGGCGGGGGCGGGGGCAGCGGCGGUGGGCCCGGGAUCAAGAAGACGGAGCGGAGAGCAAGAAGCAGCCCGAAGUCCAACGAUGCAGACUUGCAAGAAUAUGAAUUGGAAGUAAAGCGGGUGCAAGACAUCCUUUCCGGAAUAGAGAAACCACAGGUGUCUAAUAUCCAGGCAAGAGCAGUUGUAUUGUCCUGGGCGCCCCCUGUUGGACUGUCAUGUGGACCCCACAGUGGUCUUUCCUUCCCCUACAGCUAUGAGGUUGCCUUAUCUGACAAAGGACGAGAUGGAAAAUACAAGAUAAUUUACAGCGGAGAAGAAUUGGAAUGUAACCUGAAAGAUCUCAGACCAGCCACUGAUUACCAUGUGAGGGUGUAUGCCAUGUACAAUUCCGUCAAGGGAUCCUGCUCUGAGCCAGUUAGUUUCACCACCCACAGCUGCGCACCUGAGUGUCCCUUCCCUCCCAAGCUGGCACACAGGAGCAAAAGUUCUCUAACCUUGCAGUGGAAGGCUCCCAUUGACAAUGGUUCAAAAAUCACCAACUACCUUUUAGAAUGGGAUGAGGGAAAAAGAAACGGCGGUUUCAGACAGUGUUUCUUUGGGAGCCAGAAGCACUGCAAGCUGACGAAGCUCUGCCCGGCCAUGGGGUACACGUUCAGACUCGCAGCUCGGAAUGACAUUGGCACCAGUAGUUACAGUCAGGAGGUGGUGUGCUACACAUUGGGAAACAUCCCCCAGAUGCCCUCAGCACCUAGGCUUGUCCGAGCUGGUGUCACCUGGGUCACGCUGCAGUGGAACAAGCCAGAAGGCUGCUCACCUGAGGAAAUGAUUACCUACACCCUGGAGAUACAGGAGGAUGAGAAUGAUAACCAUUUCCACCCUAAAUACACUGGAGAAGACUUAACCUGUACUGUGAAGAAUCUCCAAAGAAGCACACAGUAUAAAUUCAGGCUGACUGCUUCUAACAUGGAAGGGAAAAGCUGUCCAAGUGAAGUCCUGGUUUGUACAACCAGUCCUGACAGACCUGGACCUCCAACCAGACCCCUCAUUAGAGGGCCAGUCACAUCUCAAGGCUUCAGUGUCAAGUGGGACCCUCCAAAGGACAACGGCGGCUCGGAAAUCCUCAAGUAUCUGCUGGAGAUCACUGAUGGAACUUCUGAAGCUGGUCAGUGGGAAGUGGCCUACAGUGGAUCUGCUACAGAAUAUGUCUUCACCAGCUUGAACCCAGGCACUUUGUACAGACUUCGAGCAUGCUGCAUCAGUACUGGUGGGCACAGUCAGUGUUCUGAGAGUCUCCCUGUUCGCACACUAAGCAUUGCACCAGGUCAAUGUCGACCACCGAGGGUUUUGGGUAGACCAAAGCACAAAGAAGUCCACUUAGAGUGGGAUGUCCCUGCGUCUGAAAGUGGCUGUGAGGUUUCAGAGUACAGCGUGGAGAUGACUGAACCUGAGGAUGUAGCCUCAGAGGUAUACCACGGGCCUGAGCUGGAGUGCACUGUAGGCAACCUGCUUCCUGGAACUGUGUAUCGCUUCAGAGUGAGGGCUCUGAACGACGGAGGGUAUGGUCCCUAUUCUGACGUGUCAGAAAUCACCACUGCUGCAGGGCCCCCUGGGCAGUGCAGAGCACCAUGUAUUUCCUUCACGCCUGAUGGAUGUGUUCUGGUGGGUUGGGAGAGUCCGGAAAGCUCCGGUGCCGACAUCUCUGAGUACAGGUUGGAAUGGGGAGAAGAUGAAGACUCCUUAGAACUCAUUUAUCAUGGUUCAGACACCUGCUUUGAGAUACGAGAUCUAUUGCCUGCUGCACAGUACUGCUGUAGACUACAGGCCUUCAACCCAGCAGGCGCAGGGCCAUACAGUGAGUUUGUCCAUUGCCAGACACCAGCCUCUGCCCCCGAUCCCGUCGCCACUCUCUGUGUCCUGGAGGAGGAGCCCCUCAGCACGCACCUGGACUCAUCCUCUGUGUGCCUUGUACUGAACUGGGAAGAGCCGUGCAAUAAUGGGUCUGAAAUCGUUGCUUACAACAUCGACCUCGGAGACACUAGUGUCACUGUGCGCAAUACCACCACCCACGUGAUGAAGGACCUCCUUCCAGAAACCACAUACAGGAUCAGAAUCCAGGCCAUAAAUGAGAUUGGAGCUGGACCAUUUAGUCAGUUCAUUAAAGCAAAGACUCGGCCGCUACCCCCCUCACCUCCUAGACUAGAAUGUGCCGCAGCUGGUCCUCAGAGCCUGAAGCUAAAAUGGGGAGACAGUAAUGCCAAGACACAUGCUGCUGAUGACACGGUGUACACACUACAGCUGGAAGACAGGAACAAGAGGUUUAUCUCCAUCUACAGAGGACCCAGCCACACCUACAAGGUCCAGAGACUGACGGAGUUCACCUGCUACUCCUUCAGGAUCCAGGCAGCCAGCGAGGCAGGGGAAGGGCCCUUCUCAGAAACCUACACCUUCAGCACAACCAAAAGUGUCCCUCCCACCCUCAAAGCACCUCGAGUGACACAGUUAGAGGGAAAUUCAUGUGAAAUUUUAUGGGAGACGGUACCACCGAUGAAAGGCGACCCCGUUAACUACAUUCUGCAGGUAUUGGUCGGAAGAGAAUCGGAGUACAAACAGGUGUACAAGGGAGAAGAAGCCACAUUCCAAAUCUCAGGCCUCCAGAGCAACACAGACUACAGGUUCCGUGUGUGUGCAUGUCGUCGCUGCGUGGACACCUCUCAGGAGCUCAGCGGAGCCUUCAGCCCCUCUGUGGCUUUUGUAUUACAACGACCUGAGGUCAUGCUUUCCGGGGACAUGAGGCGCAUAGACGAUCCUAAAAUGAAGAGCAUGAUGCCAACCGAUGAACAGUUUGCGGCCCUCAUUGUGCUGGGCUUUGCGACUUUAUCCAUUUUAUUUGCCUUUAUAUUACAGUACUUCUUAAUGAAGUAAACCAAUCCAGCAAACUAGAGGUAUGAGUGGAAUGCCACGCAUUUUAAUAGACACAUUUAUUCAGAUAAGCCCCUUUUUUAAGCCCUUUUGUUCUUUGAUUUUUAUGCUUCUCUUGUUUUACAGAUUUCACUAGGGAAAAGUCAGUGUUUUGGUACACCUUUUUGAGAUGCAAAACUAGAAAGAGGUUAAACUGGAUUUUUAAAAACUAAUAAAUAAAAAGAAGAGGAGGAAGAGCGUGAAGGAAAGCAAACCAGAUACCAAAAGCUAGUCUUCAUGUGCUUUUAAGUUUUCAAAUUUGCUUUUAUUCUGUUUUCACUGAUGUCUUUUGCAAGCCUUUGAUAUUUGUGUGUGUGUUACAGUGUAGUAAUUUAUAUUCACCAGUCACUUCUUUUAUCUUGAUCAUCUACAUCUGUAAACAGAAUCACAAUGUAUGUAGUUACAGGGCUGGGAUUUCAAUGUUGUCAGAGUACUGCCACAUUCAGAGCAUGUGUUCCUUCGGAUAAGGCCGCCCUGAACCAUCUUAUCACUCAGUUAUUUAAUUGUGUUUAGCUCAUUUAAAUCAAAAUGUGUACUUUAAUCCAAUAUGUUUUACUGCUCUGUAUCCCUUGUGAUUUUAACACUAUGAGCUGCCUGUCUAAGAAAUCAAAUAACCAAAAUGCACCUAUAAAUUAUGGAGCAUUGUAGAUUUUACCACGCCAAUCCAUAGCAGUAACUUUAAGAGGGCAUUGUGCAAUAGUUAGUUGUUUUCUUGUUCAGCUACUUUAAAAGCUGCUUUAACUUGUCUGUCUUUGUAUAUAACUACUUCUAAUCUAAUCACUAGAGUUAUUAUAUUCUGUUACGUUUGACCAGAAUUAUGUGACGAGAGCUGGUGACAGUUGAGGCCUCCGUGCAUUGUCCACGAUGAUUCCAACAAUUGUGAGCUGCCUUCUUACCAGGCAGCUCACUGUUUUUGAAAGAUUUGCCUUUAGGCUGUUCUUUGAGGUAUCAGUGAAGUGGUUGAAUUUCAGAACCUUAAUUCAGUGCCCAUACUAUUAAUGUAAGAGCAGAUGAAAAUCUUACCGUUGAAGCCCACAGGGAUCAUCUGCAUUUGUUGUUCCGAUUUCCAGAGGAUUGAUCUGGCCACGUGUGGAGACGGAAUGGUAUCUGACAGAAAGCACAGAAUGUUUGGGGGUCAAAGAGCCCACUAGAGUCUCUGCCUGGAUCUGUCACUGACUUGCUGCGUGACCUGAACAUGUCACUUUACCUCUCUGUGCCUCGGUUUUCCCAGACAUGAGAAAUCAAAUCAGAUAAAAAUGGGGAUUCUAAAGCUUGUACGUGCUUUGAGAUCUUGGAUCCACCGGUGCUAUUGGGGUGCAGUGUUGCUCUCACAUGUUCAUUUUGAGUCACGAGAUCAUCAGUUAUAACCCAAAGUCGUUGGAUUACUCAUAUGAAGUCCACAAUGUUCAGUACCUCAGGGACACUUAAAGAGUUGGAGGUGCAACCAUAUUCCAAAAGGGUGCAGCAGACACAGUGGACCCCCGCUCCUAUUUUUUGUAUAUUUUUGCUCCUUGGGUUUUCUUCAUCAUUGCUAUGUUGUGCUUGGUCUGUGUUGUCUAUGAUGCAGUAAGUAUCCUGUACUAGCUUAUAGUAUUCCCAUACCAAAGUCAUGGGGAAACCAACAUUAUUUUGUUUUUGGUUUAUUUAUACUAUAUUCUGCAUACAGUACUUUAAAUGCCAAUUACAGUGCAAUCUUUAUUUAUUGUAAAAAAUUUUCAAUGUACUAUGUACUAAUUUUCCCUUGUAGCAUGUUAUAUUUUUUGUGUGUUUUAUACUUUUGUAAUUUUAGGCCAUUCCUGUUCCUUGGCAACAUCCGUAGUAUUAACCUUCUGACAUUUUCCUGUGUUUUUAAGGAUAAGAACAUCUAAUUCAUUAAAUGCCAAAAAAAAAUUCCACUAUCAGUGAUUGAAAGGUUUACAUGUACCCAGAAAACCAUAAUCAUCUCUUGGAAGAGUGCUAAGAUCAAUGAAUUCCUGUGUGCCUAUAUGGAUGUAGUUAAGUGCUGGAGAGUUCUGUUUUGUUAUUGACUAGAGUAAUUAGUGUAAUUAGACUAGCAAACUGAUGGUAUCGAGGGAAAUAUAUUUUUGCCAAAGCUCUGGCCUUCCAAAACUCGUACUUCCAUGUCUGUGAUCUGACCCACCGUGACAUUAAGUCUGCAUUUUCUGAGACAGUUUUAUGCAGUUGAAAGCAUUUUUUAAACAAUGCAAAUUCAGUGUAAUAAUUUUGAAAACCCCUAUUUGUGGGGGAAAGUCUUUUUUGAAACACUUCAGCAUUGCUGCUAUAAAUGAAUUCUCUGAAUUGGUUGAAUUGUUUUAAAGGAAAUAAUACUUCAGGCCACCAUCACUAUGAAUAUUUGAUCUUCCUGAGAUUUUCGUACUCCAUAACCACCAGAAAGCUGGAGUGCGUGAAAAUGAGCUGACAGCACUUCAUUUUCUCACUCUUCAUUAUGAUCCUCUCGGUCAGGAAGCCAUUGCUCUGUGUGGCACAAGUCUGUGUAUGUGCUGUGGAUCUAGAACUCUGUAUUACCAUUACACACCAUCAGUAAGAUGAGGUGUCUGUUGAGCUCCCCUCUGCCCUUUAGCCCUGUGAAGGAGUAAGUGGCUCUCCAAGGCUCUGAUGUUCUGUUAAACGUAUCCCUGACACAGAAAUUCCAGUCAUCUGAGCAAACUACCCUUUGUCCUCAAAGAAUUUGUUUAAAAAGGAAACUUUUUUAAAGGAUAUUUUGCAUACUAUCUGCCUUGUUCUUAUCAAACUUGAAAUGUUGGUGUUUUCUAACCCUGUUUCUUGGCUACAGUAAUUCAGUAUUCAUGUCGAAAUUGAAAAGUGCCCUAAUGGAACGUGUUUGAGUGUUACCCUCGCACAAUUCUUUAAAUUGAAAGACAAAGUGUUUUACCUCACUGUUGGACAUACAUUCCAAGCUUUUCAACUUUAGGAGAAAAAAAAUAAUCAUAUGUUUUUCCUGUAUUGUAAAUUUAGACUAUUUCAUAUACAUUGUAUUAAAACUGCCAUAUCAAUUUUAAUGUAUAGAUUUUGCAAAUACUAUGCUAUAUGUAAUACCUAACUGUAGUGUAUAUGUAAUAUAUUUAUGCCCAAUAAAUGUUUUAAUU